CCUUUCCUAUUCAUGGACACUGCAUCGGCCGCCGCUAAGUGCUCAUUUUGUCCAUAUUCGGCAAGGUAGCUGGCUAAUAACCAUAUGCCGACGGCAUCGCUCUACUAAUCAGCGAGCCGAUGCACAUUCAGCCUUCCCUCACCACUGCCAGAGGCCAACUUCCGAAUGACAGCUGCAUCGGCCGCCCCCAGCAUAUGUGCUGUCCCUUCAUCGUUCGAGAACAUCAACACACCAUGAUCCCGGUGACACAGAAGGGCGCCAACACCUGCAACUACUGCCGGGUGCGCAAACAGCGCUGUGAUCGUGCUUUGCCGAGCUGCUCAAGAUGUACCGUCAAGCUACGCCAGUGCGAUUACACCUGGGCCAAGGAUGUACCGCCCCUCCAGCCCGCUUUGUCAAGUGAUAGCAUCCCGAUGUCAAUCGGCCGACAUGGUAAUUGUGGCUUUGACCUGACCACGCGAGGUCAAGAGGAACUACUGCAUGCUGGCAUCGCAUGCACGAAACGCGAGCCUAGGUCCAAUGAAAACCUCUCGGAGCUUGUAUCUGACAUACUCGAUCUGUCGGAGCGCAAAGUUUCCGGCAUGAUGGAAGAGCAUGCCACUUCCAUCCAUCAAUGGUGUCCUCUGAUUGAUGAAGACCUGAUCCGAGAAGGGAGGAACGGUGCGUACGACGACUGCUCGUCAGAUCUGAUGCCGAGCCCGUUACAGUUACUGUGUGUGUUCAUACUGAGCAGGCGACCAUGCUCGCAUGCCGAGCAUGUCAACACCAAUAUCUUGUAUACGACAAUAAAACAGCUACUGGCAAUCGGUCAAGCCGCCGGGGACGUCUCAUUGGAUUUGUUCCGGGCAGGCAUGCUUACGGCGGUAUACGAGUGUGCUCACGGAUUGCCCAAGCAGGCUUUCGUUACGCUGAGCACUUGUGCCGCUUUGUUUGACCUGAUUAAACUCAGUCUGCGGAAGCCGGACCGCGAUCCCUGCAAUGAGGAAGUGGUAUCGUCGCUCAACGCAGCCAUCAUUAUGCUAGAUCGCAUGAUACCUUUGUCAAGUAUCCUUGAGUCACUUCCCUUAGUCUGUCCGUCGAGACAAACCCUCAGCAUAUACAUCGCAAGCAAGAUAGAGCCAGUCAUACCAGCUCCGUCACCCACGCCGUAUGCAAGCUCGCCACGCAAAGUCCACAUCAGAGCGAUUGUGGCGCUCGAAUCCGGUCGCGUCUCGGAGUAUUCCCACGCUGCCCAGCUCGGCGUGGGCGCCGCAGACACUUACGACAAGGUCGAUGCUGCAGUAGCCUUGGUUAUCAAGAAGCUGGUGGACAAGCCACAGCCGCACACCUGGCUCCACUGCGACGCGAUAGCCAUGGCAUUCUGCUCUCACUUACUCCUCCAGCAGACUCAGAUCGAACAACUUAAGGCCCAGGGCACAUCUACUUCUGGAUCAGUCGCUGCGAAGGCGCUCAUGGCGUUGCAGUACUCUCGGCGCAUGGCUUGGGACAUGGUACAUGUAAUGAUACAAAAGAUUAAGAAAGAGGAAGAUUUACCGUACCUGCCAUUUGCUGGAGUGUGCUGCGUCAUCCGCGCUGCUAUUGCCGUGCUUGAGACCAAGCAGUACACCAAUGAGGAUGCGCCCAAUGCUGAAGAGGUGCAUAACUUCUUGGUUGUUUUGAGCUGGUUUGCACGGAGAUGGAGCGUCGGCGGUGAGUUUGCGUCUUCAACUUUGCGUGAGCAGUGACCUGACUCAUCGUGGACAGUACAAUAUCUCCAGCGCGCGCAGGAGCUGUCGUUUGGCUACUUUGUGUGACUUCCCGCUCUGUGGCCGCAUCAGGACAAUGACCCGCAGACAUAUUGUGCAUAGCCCACCUGUAAAGCUGGCGAGUCACCGAACGACGAAUAGGCCGGUAGUUAAGGCAAUCACGCACGAAAAACGGAGGAGGAGCGGUAGAAAAAGGUAUUCGAUUGACCAUGCGGUAUCAAAUCUAUGAUACAAACAAUAAAAAUAUAAACUAGAAUAACGGACGCCGAGUAGAAUGCUAAGUCGCGUGAGGAGCAACGCGCCGGAUAGGUCGCGCCGUGCGAAAUCCCUAUGGUAUCUUGUAACUCAUUAUUCAUGUCAAUGUCACCUGGACACGACGGUAGGCUCGUGAUAGAGCGGCCCAAGGGCGGAUGGUCACCAUUCUGAACCAAAACAGACAC